UCAGACGGUUGAUACAGCUUAUGACCUAACCGAGGUUGAAGCAUUGAUAAAGCUGGUUAAAGAACGAAGAACAAGCUCGGAGUGCAAACUACUAACAAAUCAGUUAUCAACAUUUGCUGCGAGGAUAAGAGAAAACGAAGAAUAUUUAGAGGACCCAGUUACAAGGUUUAAAUUUUUGAAGUUGCUUCACAUCGAAGUUCGAGAAAACUGUGGUUUAGUUUCUGCAUUACACUUUGAUAAGGUUGGAUUCCGAGCAAACGAAUUGGAGAGCGUAGUUAAGGUUUUAAUCGACAUGAUGGAGUCCUACAAUUUAUCAUUAGAAGAUCUUUCAGAGACAUUUCAACCUGACGAAUCCAUAUAUAUUGCUGAAUUUAUAAACUCCUUAGAUGUUACAGACAAGAUGAAGCUAAAAUACAUGGACAUUUUUCUUGAAAAUAUUGAUGACGAUAUCUUAUCCGAGGCAGAAGAGGAUCAUUAUUAUGAAGUUUCGGACCUUCAAUGGGAUCUUCGCAAUAAUGUGGACUUUCAAAAGAUUUGUAUCUCACAUACAGAAACACAAGGAACUAAAAGUUGUAGAAUUGAAAGAAGAUUUUAUGAAAACUUAUACAUUGAAGUCCUCUCAGAAGACCCAAUGGCUACUCUAUAUCAUAAUUUUUUGACUGACUUUGAGCUGAAUAUCGCCAGUGAGGAAGUAAAAAAGAACAAGUUUGAAAAGGGCUCGGUAAGAUCAGGCGAAGUCGAUUUCAGAGAUCAAAUUAAUGAGGUUGAGGACAGUCCUUUUUUCGACAAUGUUCACCAGAGAAUAAAUCGAGUUACAGGACUUAAUUCUGGCGACGCAGUCAUGGAAAUCUUCAAAUAUAGGUUAGGUGGGGCCCACACUCCCCAUACAGAUUUCUACAAUGAGGAUUACAUUAGGAAGGAAGUGAAACUAGGGAAUAGAGUUGCAAUAGCCAUGAUCUUUCUAAGAGAAACAAUAAAAGGUGGAGGCUUUGCCAUGCCCAGGCUAACUGUUUAUGUUGCUCCAACACCAGGCACUCUUCUAGUCUGGUAUAAUGUGGAUAAAAUGGGUAGAAAUGAUGAGGAUACAGUACAUGGUGGUUGCCCUGUAUACCAGGGAACUAAGAUGAUUGCUAUUACUGAAUACAAAGCCCUCCUACAACAAGAUGUCUGCCCAAUAAAUGAAGAAUAAAGAAUAAUUGAUUUUUAUUGAUUAAUUCAUAUAUUAAAACAAAAUAAAAUAUGUUUGCUUGUG